AUUUGAUGUGUAUUCAACCCGAGGCUGAAGCACUUUCUGUUUAUUGAUCAGAGGACGGAGAAAGAGCCGGUUCUGUUCCAAACCUUCCGCCACCCGAAGAAGAAGAAAGUGAAGUAAAAAUGAAGCUGCUGCUGUGUCUCGCAGCUCUGGUUGCUGUUUUCUGCGCAGUGAGCUGCAAAACUUCUCCACCCAAGGUUCUGAUCUACAGCCGUAACCCUGGAGAGUUCGGGAAAGAAAACUCUCUGAUUUGCCAUGUGAGCAACUUCCACCCCCCUGACAUCACCAUUGACCUCCUGUGUGAUGGCACAACACUCCCCAACCCUGUGCAGACCGACCUGGCCUUCAAACAGGACUGGCACUUCCACCUGACCAAGAGCGCCACCUUCACUCCAGUAUCUGGCAAAACAUGCAUCUGCAGAGUUAAUCAUGCGGGAACAUCCAGAGACUACAAUUGGGAGCCCAACAUGUAACUGCAGAAACCCAGGCAGAAUAUCUUCUGCUGCAGAAUCAUGUGUUCACCAUCCCAUCAAUCAACAGCAUCAGUUUUCUUCAGUUUGCCUCUCACUGUUUAUUGAACAAUAGUUGGGUAGAAGGUGGUGGGUCAUUUUCAGUCUUGUUUUUGUUGAUACAAACUUUCCUACAACAUAUACACCAGGUGGUAAUUUAAGUGUGCUGUUUUUAAUUUCUUGCUUUUCAUCCUGUAAAUGAUUGUAUCCAUGUUUGAUAUGUAAACACUCUUAAGUGAAACUUUUUAUUUCACAAUUGGCCAAAUUGUCUGAGAGGUUUUUCUAUUUUUCUUAUUGAUUUAUGGCUUAAGGUGAUUGUCGGCAGCAUGUACUAAAUAAAAGCCUCUUAGUAAAACUU